CCGAAAGGGGAACUUCCCGAGUUUGUGAUGAAGAUACAUGAUAAAGAGCUCUGCUCACACCAGCUCUAAGGGCUGCCUGCGUCAAUAAAAGGCAGCAACAGAGGCAGCAAGCUGUCAUUUGGGGCUGGAGGAUCAUCAUGGCCAGGGGUGCUUCAUGUUAAAGCCAAGGAAAAUGUCUGGAUUCUUUUUCUCCCACAACAACAUGAAUGAAUUAAAUGGAAAAGAAGAUCGCAAGCUUGCAAAAGGCAUAAUAAAAGUCCAUAAAAAGAAGCAAAAGGCUUGUGGUGCAGAUCUCAAAAGUUAUUUGAAGUGCGUGAUGCCACAUAUCGAAUCUGGGUUCAAGACCUCCAGCUCUAGAAAUGUCAUGCUUUCUGCAGAGGAAGUUAUUCAGUGGUCACAGUCUUUGGAAAAGCUCUUGGCCAGCCAAAGUGGUCAAGGUGUCUUUCGGGAGUUCUUGAAGUCAGAGUUCAGCGAGGAAAACAUCGAGUUCUGGUUGGCAUGUGAGGAUUACAAGAAAACCAAGUCUGAUCACUUACAUGGCAAAGCAGAGAAGAUAUACGAGGAGUUUGUUCAGUCAGAUGCCAUUAAGCAGAUCAAUAUUGACUAUCAGAUAAGGGAAGCAACAGCCAAAAAGGCUCAAGACCCAACUCACACAAGUUUUGAUGAAGCCCAGAAAACAGUGUACAUCCUUAUGGAAAGAGAUUCCUAUCCCAGAUUUUUAAAAUCCAAAUCCUACCUGAACCUUUUGAACCAGCUGCAAACCAACACUUCAAACCUAUGAAGAGAUCCUUCACAGUGGUUGGAUCUUGCCAAGGAAAAUCCCUGUCUUGGGAGGAGGGGUAUGAGGGAGAUCCAAAUAGCUCCACAGGCAAUGGAACAUCCUGUGGAUCCUGAUCUCCACAAGAUGCAGGAUAAAAGCUGGUGAGGCUAUCAUAAGGGUGAGAGCAGCACAGGGAGAAAAUCCCCUCCUCCACAGAGUCAAGGCAGGAUAUGGAAACCCAAGGUUUGACCUGCACUAUGAAUACUGAACUGUGACUUAGAUCCCAAAGAACUGCUGAUUGUUAGGAAAUGCAAGACUUGCAAGCUGAGCAUGGGGAAAAGAUUAUCAAGUUCAGAAGAAAAACUAGGAUGACUGACAGUUUUUGGCAUAACAAGAAAACGCCAAAACAAUGACAUCUCUUUUAAAAAUCGGUGAAGUGUUAAUAGGUAUGAAUUCCACAAUGCUGUUGUGCUAUGUAAAUAUAUUCUAAAUUGAUGUGUCUUAAAAUCUAUAUGGUCUAAAUUAUAUAAGAUUUGUAUAAGCUGUAUUUUUAUUAAGUUGGUAUUCAACAGGCAGAUAUGUAGCAUCUUUGCUGUUUAAUUUAUUGAAAAAUAAUAGGUAACUCUUCAUUAAAAUACAGUUAAAAAUAAA